AUCAAAACCCUCUCAAAAAUUAAGAAAACACCAAAAACCCAAGAGAGAUCAGUGAUUAAAAAAAAAGAAAAAAGGAUCAAUAAUAUGGCCAAUAAAACUGCCAUUCUCAUUUGUGUGCUAGUUGUUGUGGUUGGAUGUAGCAGCAUGCAGGGCAGUGAAGCAAUAUCCGCAUGCGCCAAGCCAUGCAUGCCAGUCUGCAUGAAGGAGGAAGGGGCAAGCAUUCCCAUCUGUGAGAUUGCCUGUGAGAACUAUUGCAAACAGAUCUCCGGCAACCGGAAUUCGGAGUGGAAUCGGUAUCGCAACCUUUGAUUGUUCAUCAAGCAAGUUUCAGAUUUAAUUAAGUUCUAAUUAAGUUGGUCUAAAUAAAUGAUGUAACUACUGGAAUUUUGUGAAUAUUAUAAGGGUAGCUGAACAAUAUUCCAUUGUAGUUUGUAAAUAGAGAUGCAAUAUUCUUUACCAAGCAUACUUUGUAAUUUUUUUACCAACAGUUUCUUUACUGUUAUAUACAAUAUUCCUCUCACAAAAUAAAAUUAAACUCGUAAUUAGCUUGUAGAACGUUAAAAUAACAAAAGUGCAAUCACGAAAUGAAUCAUCAUGAUCAUUUUAUUGAAAACUUUUUCAU